UAGUAAAUCUUUCUCCUCUAAGGAUCCCAUUAUCGGAGACCAUUUGAAAAUACCAGUUUUAUUUCGUCUUUUGGGGGAGAUCCUGGGUUUCAUCCAGUCAGCCCUGUUGGAUGAUAUUUCUCUCUGCCAGAUUUGGGGACAGGCCUUCGAUAUUUUGAAUCACCUUUACAUGGAGCACAGAGAUGAUGAUGAUGAGGAUGUGUCUUUUGCCAAAUGGAUGAGCAGCUUCUGGGGUCACAGCUGGAUAGAGGAGGAUGAGAGGGGCCUCCGGGACCGCCACCGAUCGCAACACGCCAGUUACAGGAAAACCUCCCUGCCCUGCCCAUUUCCUGUGCUUCCCAGAAUCACAUCGUCUGACAGCCAUCCUAGAAGGCGUUCUCAUGAGGACCAGGGAUUUCAAUGCCGAACCCACACGCAGGAUUACAGAAAAUGUUCAGGGGACGGGUCAUUCAAAGAGCCACUGGAAUCAACAGGAAGAUCCCAUUCCAAAAUGCAGGCAUUUUCAGAGUCUUCUGAACAGCAACUGUGCUUUAGGACCAAACGCUCUGUCUCUUUGGGACCUGAGAGCAGACAGGAGAGAAAUGAACGAGAAUGCCUGAGGAUGGAGACAGGAUCCUGUAAGAAAGCAGUGGAAAGAAGGAGCUGCAAGAAGACGGAGCACAGGGAAGCAUACAUGGCCGCCCUGUUUGAAAAAGGGCCCAAAUAGUACUGUUUCCACAUCACGACUGCAGAUGCCACUAUGUUUCUUGAGUUCCGAUUCACCAUGCCAAGGGGUGGAAGCUGCAAAAGUAUCUGCAGAUGCUGAGUGACUGGAGUGGGCGGUUCGUUCGGCUGUUCCCCAGGACAACUUGCGUCAUACUCCACUGCUCUGGCAUCUUCGUCGAGAGUGUGAUCUGCUCUGUUGCCCUUUUAUGGGAAUAAGAAGAAUAAAAGGUAUUUUAAUAGAAUAAAGUAAUUCUUGACAACGUAAAGAAAAGUAUUUAA